CAUGGGCCCGACCGUAGCGCUUGCUCUUUAAAGGCCAGCGAUACGGCUUCAACACGCUGACCUCUUUUUGCCUGGGAUGCUCCCUCGACAUCGCGGCUUGAAGAUUGGAGGAAUUCAUUGGGCUGACUAACUCAGAGGCAAACACACAUCCGCCCUCACCGUCUCUCACCGUCAUCCUUGCCUGUCUCACCCAGCUUCCACUUUCAUCGCCGUGCUCCACUCGUCGUCGAUGAUAGCGGGCAGCACCAAGACACGCACCAGACUCCCAGGCAAAAGCAUGGAAUCCGUCCGCCUCGGAUUAUCCCCCGAUCGCCCUUCAUUGCCCCCAUUUACAUAUUUCUAUUACCACCUCUAUCUCGAAGCCGCUCCCGCCUCCCUUUCCCGGGCCGAUCACCAAGAUGCCUGCCCCCCAUGGUCCCGGGUACAACGCCGCCGUCGAGGGCUUUAGAGAGACAGAAUAUCCCAUGAUCAAAGACUCCGUCUAUCUUGACCAUGCGGGAAGUACCUUGUGUGCCAAGUCCGUCAUGGACGCCUUCGCUUCUGAGAUGACCUCAGCCCUCUAUGGCAACCCACACUCCGCCUCUCCGUCAUCUCAACUAUCUACCUCUCGCAUCGAGGAUACUCGCAUGAAUCUCUUGUCAUUCUUUGGCGCAGACCCUGCUUAUUAUGACUUGGUAUUCGUCCCCAAUGCUACAGCUGGUGUUAAACUUGUGGUCGAUGCCAUGCGGUCUCAACCUGAGGGGUGGUUCUAUGCAUAUCAUCAAGCAUGCCACACCAGUUUAGUCGGGGCCAGAGAAGAAGCCACCCAUAGUCUGUGCCUCGAAGAUGCCGCCAUUGAAUCAUGGAUACAUGGUGUAGAUCCGUUCAGCAAUUCUCCUCACCAGCAGCCUCCUGUCACACUCUUCUCAUACCCAGCUCAAUCUCACAUGGAUGGGAAACGAUAUCCCUUGUCAUGGAGCAAAGAUAUAAAGAGGGCAAAUACCAGUCCCGAAUCUCGAAUAUUCACUUUGUUGGAUGCAUCUUCCUUCAGCGCAACAUCUCGUCUCGCCCUCGAUGACCACAACAUUUCUCCUGAUUUCAUCGUCUUCAGCUUGUACAAAAUAUUUGGCUUCCCUGAUAUCGGGGCUCUCAUAGUUCGGCGUUCUGCAGAGUUUAUUUUUGACCGUCGCAAGUAUUUCGGUGGGGGGACCGUCGAUAUGGUUGUCUGCGGCAAGGAGCAGUGGCAUGCCCCGAAAUCGCACUUCCUCCACGAGCGUUUGGAAGAUGGCACCUUGCCUUUCCAUAGUAUAGUGGCACUGGACAUUGCUAUGGGGGUCCACCAAAAACUAUUUGGGUCAAUGGACCGGGUGAGCUCACACACGUCAUAUUUGACACAACGAUUGCUCUGCGGAUUAAACCAUCUGCGGCAUGCAAAUGGGGCGCCCGUUUGCUCGAUUUAUACCGAGCUCUCUAACGACCCAGAAUCGCUCGGAACCGGUCCGGCUGUGUCCUUUAACAUAAAGAACAGCCUCGGGGCCUGGACAAGCCUGACAGAGUUCGAGAAGCUUGCAAAUCUGAAAAUGAUGCAUAUUCGAACUGGCGGACUGUGCAACCCCGGGGGUAUAGCAUCAGCACUAGGCUUACAACCAUGGGAGAUGAAGCGGAACUUCUCCGCGGGGUAUAGAUGCGGCGCCGAAAACGACAUCAUUUCGGGGAAACCUACUGGUGUUAUUCGGGCUAGUCUUGGAGCGAUGAGCACAAUAUCAGAUGUUGACCGUUUUGUCAGCUUCGUGAAGGAAUUCUUCCAAGAGACGACGUUGCCUGAAGCGAUGGCGGUAGAUUUCGACCCCCAUGAAACGACUAUAGCUCAGACGCAGCCUCGACUCCGGGUGAAAGCUAUCACUGUUUUCCCUAUCAAGAGCUGUGGCGGAGUUUCCAUUCCACCAGGUGUGCCGUGGGAAAUUCGGCCUGAGGGGUUGGCUUGGGACCGAGAAUGGUGUCUGAUACAUCAGGGAUCUGGAUAUGCCCUCAGCCAAAAACGUUGUCCAAAAAUGACACUCCUGCAACCCUCGCUGGAUUUCAACCGGGGGAUGUUGGUAGUGAAAUACCUUGGAAAACCAGCCCACUGUUGUCCAACCCAGAUUUCGAUACCCUUGUCUGCAAACCCAUCACUCAUUGAUACAGCCUUUCAACAACUACAGUCGCGAGUUUGUGGCGAUCAGAUCUCGACACAGAUGUACUCCUCCGACGAUAUCAAUGAGUUCUUCUCCAAAUCACUCGGAGUGCCGUGUAUAUUGGCUAGAUUCCCACCAGGUGGCCUUGGAGCGAGCAGUCGAUUCUCGAAAGCGCAAAUGCAGAGGUAUCAACAACCGGAUAGGGACCAGAGACUGCCCGGGUCCUUUCCAGAAAUUCCAUCUCCUCCCGACUCAGACUCCGAACAGCAACGACGGGGGAAAAUUCUACUUUCGAACGAGAGCCCCAUAUUAAUGAUACAUAGUUCAAGUGUUGGCGCACUGAACAAGGAGAUUCGAGGCAGAGGCGGGAAUAUUGUUGCAGACAUAGCGUUUCGGGCAAACGUGGUGCUCGAACCAGCUGGUGGCGCGAAAGAACAUCAAGCAUUCGCUGAGGACGGAUGGGCCUCGGUGUGUAUUGGCCGUCAGAAUUUCAAGCUCCUUGGCGCGUGCCGCAGAUGUCAGAUGGUUUGCGUGGAUCAAGAGACCGCAGAGAAGAAGGAAGAACCAUUCGUCACACUCGCCAAGACGAGGAGAUUUGAUGGAAAGGUAUAUUUUGGGGUUCACAUGCGACAUGACCCUCCCAGCAGAAACGACUACAUCAGUAAGGAAGCGCAAUACCCGACUAUCGAAGUCGGUGAGGAUGUCACCGUGGAAGCAAGAGACUAAGUAAAAAUUCCUGCAUAGCAUCGCAUGGCAUGGAAGGCGUUUGAGACUUCUAGCGUCGCAUUGUAACUCAAGGUACCA